AUGAAGUGUUUGAUUGUGUUCUCGCUGUUAACGGUGGGUUGUGUUCUGGCCCAGAACUACAACGAUGGACGUUACUACCCAGAGCUGUACGCUUCCAAGUUCGACGAUGGAAAGUGGCAUCCGGACAAAACUGGAUCCUAUAGCCGUGGUGACCGUACUAAAGGAACUGGCAAUCCAUCAAUCCGCUUCGGAAGUGCUUCCGGUAUUGGAAGCGGAGCUUCUGUGGUUGGUCCUUUCGGUGAUUCAUUCGGCAGUUCAACGGGUGGUUUCAAUGCUGCAACAGCUACUGGUUCCUUCACUGGUGCCAAAAUGACUAAUACUAAUUUUGGAGAUUCUUCGGCAAAAAUCAAGGAAGAUACCCGCCAGCUGAACGAAGAUGGUUCGUACUUCUACCGGGUACUGAACGACAACAAUAUUGAAAUUUCCGAAACUGGACGAGUGGACAAUGCUGGCACGGAUGACCAAGUUAUGCGUGCUAAGGGUUACUAUGAGUACAUUGGUGAUGAUGGUGUCCUGUAUCGAGUGGACUACGUAGCCGAUGAGAAUGGGUUCCAAGCUUCAGGUGCUCAUCUGCCAACUCCACCACCGAUUCCGGAAGCGAUUUUGAGAUCGUUGAAACUGCGAGGAUUGGCCCGGAAAUAAAUAUACGAGUAGGAAUG